GGCACCUUCCGAUUCUAUCACGUUAGACAGACGAUUUCCUAGCGAAACGAGACGAACUUGAGUAGUUCUCGUCGAACACUUUUUUUUUUGGUGCAUAGUUUUAAAUGAUUUUUAUUUGCUCCCUGUUCUGUUUGCUUCAGCUGUAUUUUAUUUGCGUGUCUCCGCAGUUGUUCCUUGUUGAACGUUCCGAAAGGACAUCAUGUCUUACCACCCGGGUCGUGGCUGUCCCAGAGGGAGAGCCCCCCCUGCACAGCAUGUGACCGCCCAGAACUAUCGAGCCCCAAGCUUGAGGCCUCCCCCGCCUCACGCCCCCCACCCUCCCUUGCCUCCCUAUCAUUACGAGGCGCCAGCGCCGUGCCCGGGUUACCCUACUCAAGGCUACCCGACGCCCCGCUCCGACUUCAUGCCUUACCCGCUGCCGGUGCCUUCGCAAGGUCUGAAUCCCCUCAACCAGUGCCCCCCUUGCCGACCCCCCUUUCCAAACCCUCCCGUGAGGCAGGGCUUUCCAGAGCCACCUAACUUUCCCCCGCCCCCUCUCCCCAACGCUGCCGGCUCGGUGGCCUCCGCUCCAAAUGCCUACCACUACAUGAUGCCACCAGGGCCCCCACCACCCCUCCCACACCCCCCUGCCCCACCCCCAGUGCCCCAGCCCAUGAGCUGCCAACCACCCUACUCAAUGGGCUAUGGCCAGCCCCCAUUCCUCCCACCAGGCUUCAACCCUGCCUAUAGCCAAGGCUCGGGUUCCUUUGUUGGGGACAGUUUCCGGCAUGCAGGCCAGUAUAAGACGGAAAAGCCCCCAGCAAUACCCAGGUCACCCGAGAGGAGCCGACGGCACGAAGACCACCGACACAGGGGCUACGGCAGCCACGGGGAGCGGCACAAGGUGGACCGGGGGCGCAGCCCAGACAGGCGCAGACUAGAAGGAGGACGUCACCGCUCUGACUACGACCGGGGCAGGACACCGCCACGCCACCGCAGUCGGGAUCGCAGCAGGGAGAGGCAUCGGCACAGGGAGAGUCGCAGGUCUCCAUCUCUUGACAGACAGUACAGGAAGAGACCCAGGAGCCGAUCGACCAGCCGGGACAGGAAGCGGCUCCGGUGGGAGGAGGAGCGGGAGAGGCGGCCGGAUGCGGGAGCAGGAGUCGGCCGGGAGCGGAGCCACACCUCAGCAAAGAGUCGCGAAGUGGAGGACGGGGCCCCCGACAAACCUGAGGAGGAGCGGGAGGACGAGGAGCUGCUGAAGCCGGCCUGGAUCCGCUGCACCCAUGCGGAAAACUACUACUCCAACGACCCCAUGGACCAAGUGGGUGACUCCACUGUGGUAGGUACCAGCAAGCUGAGGGACCUGUACGAGCGCUACGAAGAGGAACUGGUCCGCAGGCAAGAGCGUGCCAAGGCUGCCAAGCCCCAGUGGGAACCACCGCGGACCAAACUCGAUGAAGACCCUGAUGAAAGCUCCAGUGAGUCUGACUGUGAGUCCGACGAGGCCAGCAGCUGCUCCAGCAGUUCUGACUCAGAGACCUUUGACGUCAUUGCUGAGAUCAAACGGAAGAAGGCCCACCCAGAUCGCCUACAUGAGGAGCUGUGGUACAACGACCCCGGGCAGAUGAACGAUGGACCCCUGUGCAAGUGCAGUGCGAAGGCCAGGCGCACUGGGAUUCGACACAGCAUUUACCCUGGAGAGGAGCCCAUCAAGAAGUGUCGUCCAAUGAGUAACAACGCCGGGAAGCUCUUUCACUACAGAAUCACGGUCUCUCCACCUACCAAUUUCCUAACGGACAGGCCGACAGUGAUCGAGUACGACGACCACGAAUACCUCUUCGAGGGCUUCUCCCUCUUUUCUCACACACCUCUCAAUAAUAUUCCAUUGUGCCGGGUGAUCCGCUUCAACAUAGAUUACACCAUCCACUUCAUUGAAGAAAUGACUCCAGAGAAUUACUGCGUGAGAGGACUCGAGCUCUUCGCCUCCUACCUGUUCAGGGACAUCUUGGAGCUGUAUGACUGGAACCUCACUGGACCCGAGAUGGACGGCGAGUCCCCUGGCUGCCAGAGGUUCCACUUCAUGCCUCGUUUUGUCAGAUUACUGCCUGAUGGUGGAAAGGAAGUCCUUUCCAUGCACCAGGUCUUGCUGUACCUGUUGCGGAGCAACAAGCCACUGGUGCCUGCAGAGGAGAUCGCUGACAUGCUGCAGUGGGAAGAACUGGAGUGGCAGAAGUACGCCGAGGAGUGCAAGGGCAUGAUCGUCACCAAUCCUGGCAUGAAACCAAGCUCGGUACGGAUAGACCAGCUGGACCGGGAGCAGUUCAACCCCGACGUCAUCACAUUCCCUAUCAUAGUGCAUUUCGGGAUCCGGCCAGCCCAACUGAGCUACGCAGGAGACCCCCAGUACCAGAAGUUGUGGAAAAGUUACGUGAAACUGCGCCACCUUCUGGCCAACAGUCCCAAGGUGAAGCAAGUGGACAAGCAGAAGCUCGCCCAGCGAGAGGAGGCCCUCCAGAAGAUCCGGCAGAAGAACACCAUGCGGCGAGAGGUAACCGUGGAGCUGAGCAGCCAGGGCUUCUGGAAGACGGGCAUCCGCUCUGACGUCUGCCAGCAUGCCAUGAUGCUGCCGGUGCUAACGCAUCACAUCCGCUACCACCAGUGCCUCAUGCAUCUGGACAAGCUGAUUGGCUACGUCUUCAAAGAGCGCUGCCUGCUGCAGCUGGCCAUGACCCACCCGAGUCAUCACCUGAACUUCGGCAUGAACCCGGAUCACGCCCGAAACUCGUUGUCCAACUGCGGCAUCCGGCAGCCCAAGUACGGGGACAGGAAGGUGCACCACAUGUACAUGAGGAAGAAGGGUAUCAACACAUUGAUCAACAUCAUGUCUCGCCUCGGCCAGGAUGACCCCUCUCCUUCCAGGAUCAAUCACAAUGAGCGGCUCGAGUUUCUCGGCGAUGCUGUCGUAGAGUUCCUCACCAGUGUCCACCUCUACUACCUGUUCCCGAACUUGGAGGAGGGGGGGCUCGCCACCUACAGGACGGCCAUCGUGCAGAACCAGCACCUCGCCAUGCUGGCCAAGAAGCUGGAGCUGGACAGGUUCAUGCUGUACGCCCACGGACCGGACCUGUGCCGGGAGUCGGACCUGCGCCACGCCAUGGCCAACUGCUUCGAGGCUCUCAUCGGAGCCGUGUACUUGGAGGGUGGUCUCGAGGAGGCCCGGCAGCUUUUCGGCAGACUGCUCUUCAACAGCGAGGACCUGCGGGAGGUGUGGCUGAAUUACCCUCCUCACCCGCUGCAGGUGCAGGAGCCCAGCACGGACCGGCAGCUGAUCGCCACGUCUCCGGUGCUGCAGAAGCUGACGGACUUCGAGGAGGCCAUCGGCGUGCUCUUCACUCACGUGCGACUGCUGGCCCGUGCCUUCACGCUCCGCACGGUGGGCUACAACCACCUGACAUUGGGCCACAACCAGAGGAUGGAGUUCCUGGGGGACUCCAUCAUGCAGCUGGUGGCCACUGAGUACCUGUUCAUUCACUUCCCAGACCACCAUGAAGGGCACUUGACGCUGCUGCGGAGCUCAUUGGUGAACAACCGUACGCAGGCCAAAGUGGCCGAGGAGCUGGGCAUGCAGGAGUUUGCCAUCACCAACGACAAGACCAAGCGGCCCGUGGCCCUGAGGACCAAGACCCUGGCUGACCUGCUGGAGUCCUUCAUCGCCGCCCUCUACAUAGACAAGGACCUGGAGUACGUUCACACAUUCAUGAACGUGUGCUUCUUCCCCCGACUGAAGGAGUUCAUCCUCAACCAGGACUGGAAUGACCCCAAGUCUCAGCUGCAGCAGUGCUGUUUGACCCUGAGGACUGAGGGCAAGGAGCCCGAUAUCCCUCUGUACAAGACUUUGCAGACGGUGGGGCCGUCUCACGCCAGGACCUACACCGUGGCCGUGUACUUCAAGGGCGAGAGGAUCGGCUGUGGGAAAGGACCCAGCAUUCAGCAAGCAGAGAUGGGAGCUGCCAUGGACGCACUGGAAAAAUACAACUUCCCCCAGAUGGCCCACCAGAAGCGCUUCAUCGAGCGGAAGUACCGCCAGGAGCUGAGGGACAUGAGGCGGGAACGGGAGAGGCAGGAGAAGGAGGGAGACGAGGCAGAGGAGGGUCGGAAGUGACGGACUGUCUCAUCUCUCACCCCCCGGAGAGACCGAGAGACCUGAACCCGUGCGAGAGAGAGCAGUCGCUACGAGCGCCAGGCUGGAGAACAGCUCGUCUCUCUGCAACGCGUCUCUUUUAACGUGUUUACAUUUUCCUUCCUUGUGUUUUAAAUGUGCAAGUCAUGUCUUUAGUAUUUAAUUUAUGUAAGUAAGUUUUUAACUAAGCUGAAAGAACACCCAACUUCUAAAUAAACCAAAACACAUGAAGUGCUAGUUUUUUUUUUUUUCUCUCAAGAUUUGAACUUUUUGCCCUUGUUUCAAACGGGCCCCUUCGGUCUCAGAAACUGAAAUAAUUAAAACAUUUCAAGAUUUUUGAGAAACACUUUUUGAGGAGGGGAAAAGUUUUAAUUAAGUUAAUGUUACACGUAUUGUCCCCAAGUGUAUUCAUCUGCUUGCAAGAUAUGUUAACUGAUAAUAUUAAGGCUCACUGGUGCCACCAAAUUAAUUUUCUGCAUGACGUAACCAUACUUGCAGGUUUAGCUCAUUGAUGUCUCAAAAACACAAAAAAGUUUAUCUGUGCUUAUCAGAUUGUCUAAAACAUAAUUUUCAGGAUCCAUCAUUUUGGGAAAUUAUGCUUACUUCUAGAAAUAAAAUGUUCAUUAAAAGACGUGAAAAAUUGCACCACCCAACCAUGAUGAGGGGAAAUGGUUAAUGAUUCAAUUACAAUCAGCGCUAUCUGAGAUAUUGCCAUCUGCUUCACAUCUGCUUUUCCUUCCACAAUUUAAAAAUUGUUUUCCCUCUGUCCAAAUCCCAUUCCCAGCCUAAAGAUCUCAAUUAUAGAUAUUGUCUAAUUAGUAAUUGCAUCACCGCGGUAACCAAAACGGAUCCGUAAAGUCAUUGACCUGCCACGGUGGAAUUUAAGCAUUUAAGUCACACAAUAAAAAUAUUUGCUUUAUAGCCAAACUCAA